AUAGCUAAAAUUUUAAUCAUGUAUAUUUAGAUUUUUUUAAAAAAUUACAAAAAAGAUAAAAAUAAAAAAAUAUUAUUAUAGACACCUAAUUUCGUCCCUCCCCGAUAUUGUUUUUACCUAUUGUUUACCUUAUCCUACCGUGUACCCUCAUCCGUGGGAUAAUCCCUCUACAAAAUGACAAAAAUAACAACCCCCUAACUAAUUUUGUUUUAUCCUAAUACUCUAACAACCCACCCAAUUAAAAAACAACACCUACCUACCCUAUCCUAACAAACUCUACCCCACCUACCUCACCACUGCCCCACCCUCACCUCAUAUAUACACACAUACACACAAAAACUGAAAAAAUGGACCUCAGCAUAUACAAAAAAAAAAAAAAAAAAAAAAAAAAGGCCGGACCCUUUACUCUCCCUCUCAUCUCCCUCUUACUCUCUCUAUCAACGACAAUAUCAAAACAGCCGCAGCUCACCCCACCGGCGAACCUAAUCGAUGGAACCAACGUCAAACCACCGCCAGCUUCCUCCGUUCUCCCCUCCAGCGCCGCCAGCCAUCUCCACCGGUGAAGUGAGGUCGGGAGAAAAACAGAGAGAAAGAGGGGAUCGAACCGGAGAGAGUGAGAUUUGAGGUUGAGAGUUAAAAGCAGAGAAGAAACGUGCGAGAGAGAAAUUUGGACUGAGUUUUUCACCGGAAACGUUGUCGCUACAGAUCGCAUCUCCGUUUCCAAUUGCUGCCGAACUCACCGGAGCUCAGGCGUAGCAAAGGGUCCUCGUUUUUCAGUUAAAAAAUCCACCGAAAAACACCCAGUCACUGUUCCUGUUACUGUUCCGAUGGGUCCACCGGAUUUUCAAACUCGUCGACUCUCUUAUUGCGAUUUCCGUUUUUGGUUCAUCGAGCUCGGUAUUAGUUUUGGAAUUUAAGUUCAAUCUCAGUUUCGGAUUUGGAUUUCUCCCAAUUCGAGUUGGUUUUGUUCGUUGUGGGGUUCUUGUUCGAGGUUUUUUUCGAUUUUUGGACUUCUUUAUUAUCGACAAAAGCAAGUGUCAGUGAGGGUGAAAAAAGACAACAUGGCCAAAGCAAAAACAACCCCAGAGAAAGCCUUAACAAAUUCAAGAAAAUCAAGAAAGAGGGCCGCUGUGCUUCUCUGUUGUCCAAACACUAACAUCAUCGUACCCACCAACAACCCAAAACCCAUAAACCCCAUUGCCCUAAACCUCCCAAAGUAGAAGAAUCCCAGCAGUACCAGCAGAAAUAUGUUGAAGAGCAAAGCAUUCUCACGCCAAACCAGACAAGGCAAAGUGGUUAAGGAAGUUAGGGAACAUUAUUUACGAGAUGAUAUUUAUUGUGGAGUCCCCUAUUGCUAUAAUAAAAAAACCGAAGACAAUGACAAAGGCUGUGAUAUUUCAUCUGCUCGUUUAAGUGACUCUCCCUCCACCACUAUUCUUGUUCUUGACACCAAUGUUGUCCUCAAUCAGAUUGAUUUGCUGGAAAAUCCAGCUAUGGACAAUGUGGUUGUGCUAUCCGUGGUGUUGUCCGAGGUUAAGAACAAGAAUAUUGCUGUUUAUAACAGACUCAGGGCGCUAUGUAGCAAUUCUUUAAGGAAGUUCUAUGUCUUUUCUAAUGAACAUCACAAGGAUACUUAUGUGACAGCCAUGGCUGGUGAAAGUCCAAAUGAUCGGAAUGAUAGAGCUAUUAGGAAGGCAGCUAAAUGGUAUCAGGAUCAUCUUGGUGAUGCAGCAAGUGUCUUGCUAAUUACAAAUGAUAGAGAGAACAAGAAGAAGGCAAUUGAAGAGGGAAUUUCUGCAGAGACAAUUGAGUGUUAUGUAAAGUCACUUGGUCAGCCGGAAUUGCUUGACCUAAUAGUUCAGCCUCCCUCUGAAGAUGUUAUUAUGGAUGAUGUUGAGGAUUUGAGGCCUUCAAAGCGAAAAGUCAUUUACAAUGAGCAUAAGCCCAUGUCAGAAAUUACUUCUGGCUUGCUUCGGGGACUUCUUCACCAGGGCAAACUCCGUGUUAACCGUUUUAAUCCAUUUGAAGCAUAUGUUGGAAGUGAAAGCAUUGGCGAUGAGAUAAUUAUAUACGGGCGUGCAAACAUGAAUAGGGCUUUUGAUGGUGAUAUAGUGGCAGUUGAGCUUUUGCCUCAAGAACAGUGGCACGAGGAGAAGUCUUUGGCAUUAGCCGAUGAAGAGGACGAAGAAGAAGAUGUUCAUUUAGCUCCAAACAGCGCUGAUGAUGCUCCUAGAGUCAUGAAUCAAGGGCAAACUGCACCUGAGGAAACGAAACCUUCUCGGCCAACUGGACGUGUUGUUGGUAUCAUAAAGCGGAACUGGCACUCUUACUGUGGAUCCUUGGAGCCAAUGCCCAUGCCAGCAGGUGAUGGUGGUCGUGCCCAUGCCUUAUUUGUAUCCAAAGAUCGCAGGUUCCCUAAGAUACGGAUACAGACUCGUCAAUUGGGAAAUUUACUGGAUAAACGGAUUAUUGUUGCGGUUGAUUCGUGGGAUCGAUUGUCCCGAUUUCCAACUGGUCACUAUGUCAGGACAAUUGGAGAAAUAGGUGAUAGGGACACGGAAACAGAGGUGGUAUUAAUUGAGAAUGAUAUAGACGCCAGACCAUUUUCUGCCCAAGUGUUGGCGUGCUUGCCACCAUUACCUUGGUCUGUUUCUUCUCAAGAUUUGACAAAUCCUAUUAGACAGGAUUUACGUCAUCUGCGUGUAUGUAGUGUGGACCCUCCUGGAUGCAAGGAUAUUGAUGAUGCAUUGCAUUGUAUGCCUCUUCCUAAUGGAAAUUUUGAAGUGGGAGUUCAUAUUGCUGAUGUUACAAAUUUUGUUCAUCCUGGAACUCCACUUGAUGAUGAGGCUUCACAAAGAGGCACUUCUGUAUAUCUUGUAGAGCGUAGAAUCGAUAUGCUUCCAAAACCUCUUACAGAAGAUAUUUGUUCACUUCGUUCUGAUGUUGAAAGACUGGCUUUCUCAGUUAUCUGGGAAAUGACACCUGAUGCUGAGAUUAUUUCUACAAGAUACACUAAAAGUGUGAUUAAAUCGUGUGCAGCAUUAUCUUAUGUUGAGGCUCAAGCGAGAAUGGAUGACAGUCGCUUGGUGGAUCCAAUAACUUCAGAUUUACGAAAUUUGAAUAAGUUAGCCAAGAUAAUGAGGCAAAGACGCAUUGAUAGGGGUGCGCUGACACUUGCUUCUGCUGAAGUCAAAUUUCAGAUUGAUACUGAAACUCAUGAUCCUCUUGAUAUCGGAAUGUAUCAGAUUCGUGAAGCAAACCAAAUGAUUGAGGAGUUUAUGCUUGCGGCUAAUGUUGCAGUUGCUGAACAAAUCCUGAAGCAUUUUCCUCUCUGUGCACUAUUAAGGCGCCAUCCAAGCCCAACCAAAGAAAUGCUUGAGCCUCUUCUCCGCACAGCUGAAGCAGUUGGUCUUAGUUUGGAUGUGACAUCAUCCAAAGCAUUGGCUGACUCUCUAGAUCGUGCUAAGGGUGACGAUCCAUACUUCAACAAGCUGAUUCGGAUUUUGGCAACGAGAUGCAUGACACAGGCGGUUUACUUCUGUAGUGGAGACCUUAGUCCUCCGGAAUAUCUUCAUUAUGGUCUUGCCUCUCUGCUUUAUACUCAUUUCACUUCGCCCAUUAGAAGAUAUGCUGAUGUCAUCGUUCAUCGGUUGCUUGCUGCUUCUUUGGGGAUUUAUAAGCUUCCUGGUGUUUUCCAAGAUAGGCCCAAGCUAACUAGUAUUUCUGACAAUCUAAAUUAUCGGCAUAGGAAUGCUCAGAUGGCCAGCAGAGCAUCAGUCGAGCUCCAUACCCUCAUUUUCUUCAGGAAGCGGCCAACAGAUACCGAGGCGAGAAUAGUGAAAAUAAGAUCCAAUGGCUUCAUUGUCUUUGUGCCCAAGUACGGUAUUGAAGGACCUGUAUACUUGACACCUAAAGGCGACAAAGGAGGGGAAUGGACAGUCGAUGAGAAACAACAGAAAAUUAGAAAGCUUGACGGGAGUGUUUCUUAUGGUGUACUUGGAACAGUGAGAAUUCACAUGGAGGUUGUUGAGCCUCAGCCUAAUCGGCCUAAACUCCAACUAACCCUUGUAUGAGACCGAUAACUUUACCCAAAAAAUGGGGUACGUCGAGGUUGAUAGCAUGUAGUCGUUAUUCCAGUAUGAUAGUGGAUUCGUUUGUAAAGGACAUAUUGUGUGUACAAUAUGAUUGGAUUGAUGCAGCUCCAUGAACAUAUAAAACAUACACAUAAAUGUUCAAAUAUUGAUAGUUAUACUUUGAUUGCUUUCUGCCACAAUCAUAUACUAUUUUCUUUCCUUCCA